GGAGGAGGGGAGGAAGAGGGAAGCCGGGAGGCGCGGCCGAGGUUAACAGCUCAGUCUGGUGACGGAGACCAAAGGAGCUCUGCAGCUGUCCGCCACCCGGCCUUCAUGCCAGGGGCCACACUGGUCGCGCGGUGCUCGCAGGGAGGAGGAUGAUGAUGACCAUGAACGGCAAGCAGCACUUCUCCAUGCACUCGGCCCUGCACGAGCCCAAGUAUCCCGGCCUGCACUCGGGCUCGGAGGGCAUGCGCAGAGUCUGUCUGCCCGCCCCGCAGCUGCAGGGCAAUAUAUUCGGAGGCUUUGAUGAGAGCCUGCUGGCACGGGCAGAGGCUCUGGCGGCUGCUGACAGCAUUGUCUCUCACGGCAAGAGUCACCCGUUCAAACCAGACGUGACUUACCAUACCAUGAGCAGUGUCCCCUGCACUUCAGCCUCCUCUUCGUCCUCCACCACCGUGCCCAUCUCCCACGUCCCCUCCACCAUCGCCUCCCACCACCACCAUCACCACCACCACCUCGGACAGACCCUGGAGGCCGGGGACCUCCUGGACCACCUCUCCACCAGCCUGGCCGUGUCCGGGAUGGGUGCUCCGGAGCCUCCAGGGAUGACCACGACUGCGCACCACCACCAGCACCCUCACCACCACCUGCAGACCAUGGGCCAGCUGCACCAGGCGAUGGCCAACAUGGCCCACCCUCACUCCCUGUCCAUGCACGGCGGCAUGGCGUGCGUCAGUGACGUGGAGUCGGAUCCCAGGGAGCUCGAAGCCUUCGCGGAGCGGUUCAAACAGAGAAGGAUCAAACUCGGGGUGACCCAAGCGGACGUCGGGUCGGCGCUGGCCAACCUCAAGAUCCCUGGCGUGGGGUCCUUGAGCCAGAGCACCAUCUGCAGGUUCGAGUCCCUCACCUUGUCCCACAACAACAUGAUAGCGCUGAAGCCGGUUCUCCAGGCCUGGCUGGAGGAAGCCGAGGCUGCGCACCGGGAGAAAAGCAGCAAGCCGGACCUUUUCAACGGGAACGAGAGGAAAAGAAAGCGCACCUCCAUCGCCGCGCCAGAGAAGCGCUCUUUGGAGGCUUACUUUGCCAUCCAGCCCCGACCCUCCUCGGAAAAAAUCGCGGCCAUCGCCGAAAAACUGGACCUGAAAAAGAACGUGGUUCGAGUGUGGUUCUGCAACCAGCGGCAAAAACAGAAACGAAUGAAAUACUCUGCGGUACACUGACUUCCACGCGUCAUGAAUAAAAUAGCCUACUACAUUUUUGAUCGAGUGAUUAAUAAUAGCCUAAGUAGCCUAACUAACAGGGAUUUAUCAACAGAUCCUCACGUCUCAUCUGGGAUCGUCUCCAAAAAGGUUCCAGUUGUGUUUUUUUUUUUUUUUUCACUCUUCAUUGUUGCACUUUUUCGAUUUCGUCAUAUUGGACUUCUAAAUGUGUUGUUGAUCUGUGAAGGAAGAGGAUUUUGAUGUUGUCGAUCAUGUUUCUUGCACACACUGUAUGGACGUUCAGUAAAUCCGCCCUGACAAUUUGUCACAUUCAGGGAUAUUAAGUCAUUUUUUAACACCAUAAUGUGGAGUUUAAAGGCUAAAUUUAUGUGUUGUAUACUUGUCAGUGGUGAUAAUCUGAUGCCGUACGAAGGCAGAGGAGAAUUAAGUCACGGUUUUGUGAAGAAGAAGAAAAAUAAUAGAUUUUUUUCCCCUUUGGUUGAGACCAGAGUUUAUCCUCCACAUCCCAACACGAUCAUCUAUGUCCACCUGUUCAGUUUUAUUUUAAAUUCACAUGUGGAGUAUGUAGUGGAGUCCAAGGAUGUAAAACUCACUUUUUAAAACACCAUUUUUUUUAAUUGAAUCUGCGCUCCCCGUGAACUCUGUAAUUCGUCAUUUACGCACAAAAGCUUUCACAAAAUGUGACACUCCGAGUCUGUUUAUCUUUAAUUAUUUAAAAAAAUAUGAAUAAUAAUUAUAAUAAUGGAAAUGGCACCGUCUUAUAUGAGGCACACCCGUGUGGCUUUGGCUGCUGCUAUAUUUUAGUAUUUUGAUGUGAACAUGUUUUGGAGCUGUAUAUAUUUAUUAUAUAGCUCGGCUGUAUACAGUAUAUAAGGCCUACAUCACCUACUAAGUAUUUAUUUUUUUCCCUCACUAUUUAUUUCACUUGAAAAAAAAAUGUGUGAAGUUUAAACUUAAUAAAUUAUUGUUUAUUUUCUAAAAGUUCUAAAGACUUUAUUUUUGUGCUUCAUUAAAUCGUAUUACCAUCAUUAAUCUCGGCGCAAAGCUCAGGAAUGCGGAGUUAAAAUUCCUUGAAUUAA